CAGCCAAAAGUCAAUCAAUUUCAAUAGAAAUCGUAUUGUUGAAAUAGAUGUAUGAGAAACCUUUUAUUGAAUAUUUAGGAUAGUCAAUAAUUUUAUCUCAUUAAAAUGCCGACAGCGGCUGAGACCAAACAAAGUAAUGGUCGCAAUAAAGGAGUAUUUAACAACACGACCGGCUUUAGUACACUCAUCACGGUUACAGUUUUGUCACUUGCUUGGUUGGCCGGUUUUGCAUCCCGGCUUUUUGCUGUAAUUCGUUUUGAAAGCAUCAUUCAUGAAUUUGACCCUUGGUUUAACUAUAGAUCCACAGCGUAUAUGGUACAGCAUGGUUUCUAUAACUUUUUAAAUUGGUUUGACGAGAGAGCAUGGUACCCUCUAGGACGCAUUGUAGGGGGUACAGUUUACCCUGGUCUUAUGAUCACAUCAGGAACCAUUCAUUGGAUACUGCAUACGCUUAAUAUACCUAUACAUAUACGAGAUAUAUGUGUGUUUCUUGCACCAAUAUUCAGUGGUUUAACAGCUAUAGCAACAUAUCUGUUAACAUCUGAGCUAUGGUCCCGUGGUGCAGGUCUUUUUGCUGCAUGUUUUAUAGCAAUAGUACCGGGCUAUAGCAGUAGGUCUGUAGCAGGGAGUUAUGAUAAUGAGGGCAUAGCAAUAUUUGCACUACAGUUUACUUAUUAUUUAUGGUUGAAAAGUAUAAAAAGUGGAUCAAUUUUCUGGUCAAUUUGUACAGCUCUGUCAUACUUUUAUAUGGUCUCAGCAUGGGGUGGCUACGUGUUCAUUAUCAAUUUAAUACCUUUACACGUUUUUGUAUUACUUAUUAUGGGAAGGUUCUCGCAAAGAUUAUUUGUCAGCUAUACUGUCUUUUACAUUAUUGGACUCUUACUGUCCAUGCAGAUUCCAUUUGUAGGAUUCCAACCAAUACGCACAAGUGAACACAUGGCAGCAUCAGGUGUGUUUGCGCUUUUGAUGGCCGUAGGGGUGUUAAAGUAUUUACACAGCCUGAAUCCAAAAGGACAAUGGAAACAGUUACUAAUCUUGGGGGGUUUAGUGGCUGCUGGUACCGUAUUCUUGGCUGUGGUCCUGCUUACAUAUAUGGGGGUAAUUGCUCCCUGGAGUGGAAGAUUUUACUCGCUAUGGGACACAGGGUACGCUAAGAUUCAUAUUCCUAUCAUAGCUUCAGUGUCCGAACACCAGCCGACAACAUGGUCGUCAUUUUUCUUCGAUUUACACGUUCUUGUUUGUACAUUCCCCGUUGGACUAUGGUAUUGCAUCAAAAAUAUUAACGACGAGAGAGUUUUUGUGGCCUUAUAUGCUUUAAGUGCGGUUUACUUUGCGGGUGUGAUGGUUCGACUGAUGCUGACUCUGACGCCUGUAGUUUGUGUUCUUGCCGGCAUCGCCUUCUCUAUAUUGCUCGACUUAGUGCUUAAAGAGGAUGAAGUUCAGAUAGUGGCCGUCGAAACAGAAGACUCGAAAAAUUUGUAUGAUAAGGCGGGUAAAGUGAAAAAGCGGACCCCCGAGCCAGUCCCGGCCGCAGAUUCCGGUCUGGGUAUGAACGUGCGCUCGGGCACGCUCAUCGCCUUCAUGAUCCUGCUCAUGUUGUUCUCCGUGCACUGCACCUGGGCCACCUCCAACGCCUAUUCGAGUCCUAGUAUCGUGUUGGCCAGCUAUGGUAACGAUGGUUCCCGCAAAAUAUUAGAUGACUUCAGGGAAGCUUAUGGCUGGUUGUCACAGAAUACGGCUGAAGAUGCUAGAAUUAUGUCCUGGUGGGACUAUGGCUAUCAGAUAGCCGGUAUGGGUAACAGAACGACAUUAGUCGAUAAUAAUACGUGGAACAAUUCCCACAUAGCUCUGGUCGGGAAGGCCAUGGCUAGUAAUGAGAGUGCUGCCUACGAUAUAAUGACGAUGCUGGACGUGGACUACGUGUUGGUUAUAUUUGGUGGCGCUAUCGGUUAUUCUGGAGACGACAUCAACAAGUUUAUUUGGAUGGUCCGCAUCGCUGAGGGAGAACACCCGAAGGAUAUUCAUGAAGCGGAUUAUUUCACAGAAAGAGGAGAAUACAGAAUAGAUUCUGAAGCAUCUAAAACAAUGUUAAAUUGUCUUAUGUACAAAUUAUCAUAUUAUAGAUACGACAGCGGCGGCAGCCCGUCGGGCUACGACCGCACGCGCGGCGCGCUGCCCGGCCACCGCGGCUUCCAGCUCACGUACCUGGAGGAGGCCUACACCACCGAGCACUGGCUCGUGCGCAUCUACAGAGUUAAGAAACCUGAUGAGUUCAAUCGGCCGAGAUUGCCAAUGUCUAAGCGAACAAUAGCGACCAGCAACAACUUAUCAAAGAAGACAUCAAAGAGAAGAAAAGGCCUACUGAAGAAUAAACCAACACUUGUAAAGGGCAAGAAAAUGACGAAGCUGGAGUGACGCAGCUAAGAUAUGGCCUCCAUCAGUGGUGACGGUGCUGUGCUCAUUACUUAACUAUGUUCCCCAGAGAUUAAAACCAGUCUAAUUAUUAACUACGUUUUAUUAUCUGUAUCGUUCCGCAGAGACCGAGUUCUUAAUAUUCUUGUUGUGACAUUUAAGUAUAUAAUAAAAUUUUCGAUAUAUUUCAAAAUAAUAAUAUUUUUUGUAGUGUACAUUUGACAUGAUUGUUGAAUUUCUAAAGUAUAUUUUUUAAAAUGACAAAAGCAUAAUUUAUACCCUGUAACACUUUUUGAGUUUUUCUAAGAAACUUAAGUUUUUUUUAUUUAAAUUUCAAUUUAGUAACAAGGUCAUUUAAUUCAAAUUAGAAUCAAGAAAUUAUUUUUAAAUUAAUUAAUGAAUAAGUAGCACGUUACCACUGAUGCGAAUAUUUGAUCUAUGACUGACACCAAUUCUUAAAUAUAUAUGUAUGUAUAUUAAACUAAAGGCGUUUCUUAAAUUUUUAGAUAAAUACGUUUUAAUUUAUUUUUGCGCCGAUUACAUGGAUACUGGCAACUUUUUUUUCUAUAAUAUUAUUUAUAUUGUUAGAAAAUAAACAGCUUUCUUAGAAGUAUUGCUUCUAGUAACAGGAUAGCUGUAUUAUCUAUAUACAUCACAAUUUUGAAGUAGUCGGGUAGAUACCUCAUUCUGAUAGCAUUGUACAAAAUUUCCAAGGAAGGUUGCAGUGUGAUAAUGGUUUUAAAAAAAAUCCUUUAACUUUAACCCUUGCAAAACUAAAAAAAUUUUUUACAAAUACAUUAUUUAAAUUGUCAUUAUAAAAAAUAAAUUCCGAAAGAAAUGAUAGAACGAAGGUAGAUCCUCAAAACGUGUUGCUUUUAACUACAAACCCUACAUGUUAUUUUAUUUGACAGGACUGUUUCGUAUAUGUACUUUGCAGUUACGAAAUGUCACAAGUGAAAUUCGAUUCCUUUAUAAGGAUAUUCAAUUGAUAUUGGUAUAUUCCAAACCAGUAGGAAUUGUAGCUGGAAAAUGAGAACACUAUUAUGUACAACAUCUUUGAUUAUAGGCUGGAUGGAUGAGAGCAAGUAUAGUAUGGUAUAGAUAACAAAUAAGCAACGCUUGAUAUUUAUAUAGAUAUUUAUAAUAUAAAUAGCUGUCCGCCUUGACUACGGACGGCAAAAUUUAAACAAAUGUUAUAAAAUUAUUCGGCGAAUGAAAUAAAUACGUAAAAUUCUGAAUAAUUACGUAAAAUUCUGAAGAAAAUUGAUUUUAUGACAUUUUAAUUCUUAAUAGUUACGGUAAUCGAAAUAUCUUCGUUUGUUGCGGCCAAUUGUCCAUGUGACGGUGUUCUUACCUAAUGUUCAAAGGGGGUAAGAGGGUGUUUGUAAUUACUACGUCCAUUUAUAUAAUAUUUAAAUAGUUUUAAAUAUUGUAUUAGAAUUAUUUAUCAUUUAACGCCGUGUUUAUUGAUCCCAAUUAUUUAGGUAUAGAAUGUUGCCAGAUGAUAUAUCAUUGAUAAUUAGAUGGAGAUAAUAAUCAAUUUUAAUUAAUAAUAUUGUUUAGUUACAUUUCGUAAUAAUAUUAAUGAAUAUCUCGCAUGAAAAAUUAUGUUCGAUAUAAAUUCAAAAGCCAUAAUUGAAGCUCGAAAUUAUGAGUUAUUAUUUUGCAUACAUCUGGCAGCAACAAUGAUAGAUUUACCUCGCUUUGUUAUAAAUUCGUAUCUUAAUAAUUUUUAUCAGAAGAAAUAAAAUUAAAAUUUGUAAUUUUAAGACGGUUAAUGUCAAAUGCAAUAAUAUUUUUGGGACUAUAUUGUUAAAUAUAAUGUAAAAAUAACACCAAGAUUUAGGUACGUGUUGGCCAACGAAUUCGUUUUUUUAAAUUACUGACGAUGAGUAUUAUAUAUGCAUUGACAAUGAUUACGGAAUAAGUUUGCCUCAGUCGGCAUUAUGUUCAUAUGUACAAAAAAAAAAACGAAUUAAAUUUCUUUUAAAUUUAAUCUUAAUGGUAAUAAUUUGUCUUUGGAUAGAUUUAAUAAUCAAAUACGUAUAAAAACAAGAAUAAAGUCUACAAGCACAAGUUUUUCAUUUAAUAUAAAAAUGGUAAUGAAUGAAUUGAAAAUGAAAGUAAUGUAUGAAACCGUUUGAGGCAGACUCGUAAGUUUAUAUUUUAUUACUCAUUUAACGUUGGCCAGUAAUAUAGAUAGGUGUCGUCUAGUUCAUAAUAACGUCACUUGUGUUAGGUAGUAAAUUGUAUUUUCAAUUAUUUCUCGUGUUUUGGUCAAAGUAUUUUCCUGUGUAAGUGAAGAUGUUAUGUGUUUUAAUUUUAUUGUUGCCCAGCACUUUUGUUUGUUUUUUUUUCGUAUUUCUAACAGAGGUUUAUGAUGUGUAUUAAGGUUUCAUUGUAGCUUACAAUGUUCUUAAUAAACAGGUAAAAGAUAA